AUGUAUCGGAAGUUGUCUAAGUUAGAACACUCGGAAAUAAAACAACUUCUUACAGAAGCUAAUAUAGAUGUUGCAAAACAUUACGCAACAAACAAAAAAGCACUCGCUGACUUCAUUAAAGACUAUAAUGGUGCAAUAAGUUAUGAUAGAAUUCAUGAGUUCAUAAAGCCGCAACGCGGCGAGGACGAAGUCCAUGCAAGAGCAUUUCCUUUAAAUGACGUUGCUAUUGACUUAUAUCAUAGACGUUCAGUACCUCAUGAAGUAAGAAGAGAAAUGUUUGACAUAACAAAUGCAAACGUUGGUGAAACAAGAAGAAGAGACGACACACUGAAACAACAGAGAAGAGAGAUGUUUAAGAGCGCUAUAGAACAAGUUCGCAAAGCUAACGAUGUCAUUCGUUCCAUUGACGACAAACCAAAAGAAGGUGAGAGAUGGUUAAAGAAAGAUGAAGAGAAUAGGAAGAGAAAUGUGAAGUCAGGCAAUAGACUCAUUGACUUUAACAUCGAAGCUUUAGAUGAACCAAACAGAGACUACUUACACAAACAUUUCGGUAAGGUUUUCAUGAGACUCUUAGAGAAAAUUAAAAUAAACUCACAACAGAGAUGGAUGGUAUGUUAUAAACUUGGUGGAAAGUAUGAAUGUUCUACGUUAAACCUCAAUAAUAUUGGAACAUUACUACAUCAGCUCUUGAAGGAGAACUUUAUAUCAGAGAUAGAAGCAAAUGCUGCAGGUAUUGUUGAAAUGCACUAUGACUUCUUCUUGACAAACAUAAAGAAUCUUACUGAAAUAAAGAUGUAUGAUUUAACAGAAUAUGAAGGCUUAACGAUGUCAGAU